AAUUAAUAAAAAUAUUCAAAUUUUGUACUAUUAUUAUUUUUAUAAAUCAUUGUGAUUCUUAGUGCCUUAACCUAAGAUUCCCAAAAACAACAAUCCCGUUCCGACAUAAUUUAUGAGGGAAAACAGCGAAUGUGCCGCCUAUAAAAUAUUAGACUAUUGUUAAUGAGCUAUGAAUAUUGGAAGAAGCACAGUUAAAUUAGAGAGCAUAUGAACUUUUCCAGUGUUUUCCAAUUACGUAAUAACCGGCGAUAUAGAAAAUGUUCAGAGCUAGGCAGUUGUCACAUUUAUUAAAUACACUUUCCACACAGACGGUGUGCGCAAAUAAGUAUUUGGACAAACACCAGGCAGCUUCUUUAAGUAAAGUAAUAUCAACUAGCCGAUUUUAUAGUUCUAAAAGCGAUGGCCCGAAGGUAUGUGAUACGACAAAACCGAAACCCACCAGUCCUGAGCUCCAGUUGAAAGAUUGCAAACCAAUUGAUAUCAAUCCUUAUUAUCCCACCCGUCCUCUUGAUCAAGUUCCAUCCAUUAAAGAUUGCCCACAUAACUUGAUGUCAGACACACCACCACCAACAGCAGAUGAUUGUGAUGAUAGGUCUAACAAAUCAAGGUAUAGGGCACUUCUAUGGGGUCUAUUAUUUAGUGCUGUUACUUUAGGAGGUGCAUAUUAUGGUGGUUUGAUAAAACCAGCUGAGCCAAAAAGAGAAACAUGCAAACCAGUACCUAAAGAAAGCUCUAGAAAACCUGCAAGUUCAGCAUUGAUACCUAAAAAAGUUCCGUAUUUACUUAUUGGUGGCGGCACUGCUUCUUUUUCGGCCUUUAGAGCAAUAAAAUCGUCCGAACCAACUGCAAAGGUACUAGUGGUAACUGAAGAAAAUUACUAUCCGUAUAUGAGACCACCGCUGUCUAAAGAAAUUUGGUAUAACGACGAUUCGGAUUCAGCUAAAAAAUUGAUUUUCAAACAGUGGAAUGGUUCUGAAAGAAGUUUGUUUUAUGAGCCUGAUGACUUUUAUAUUGACUGUGAGAAUUUGAUGGACUCUGCCAAUGGUGGUGUUGCUGUGGCUAGAGGUUGGAAGAUAACUCACUUGGAUGUAAGAGCCAGGAAAGCCUAUUUGGAAGAUGGGGCUGCCAUUGAAUAUGACAAAUGUUUGAUAGCUACAGGAGCUAAAACGAAAAAGAUGCCCGUGUUUGAGACGGCAAUUGAAUACGACCAUCACGUUAAAGACCGCGUUAAGUAUUACAGAAAUAUUAAUGAUUUCGAGGAGGUGGACAAAGUUUUUAAGAAAUCGAAAUCGAUUGCUAUAAUUGGGGGUGGUUUUCUGGGUAGUGAACUUGCUUGUGCCUUGGCCCGAAAAGAAAAGGAUUCGAAGAGAGAGAUUUUCCAAAUUUUCCGUGAACCUGGCAAUAUGGGUAAAAUCCUUCCUGAAUAUUUAAGUUACUGGACGACAAAUAAAGUUAAUGCAGAAGGUGUUAACGUAAUGACAGCGACGGAAAUUAUCAGUGUCAGAAGCAGGGGUGAAAAGGGUAUAACUUUAAAUUUGAAUACCGGCAAAAGUUUGGAUGUGGAUUACGCUAUUGUGGCUAUUGGGGCUGAACCGAAUACUGAUUUUGCCGAAAAGAGUGAUCUGGAGGUUGAUCCAGAUUUUGGUGGUUAUUUGGUCAAUACAGAACUGCAAGCUCGUUCACAUCUGUACAUUGCAGGAGACUGUUCCUGUUUCUAUGAUCCUCUGUUGGGAAGACGACGCAUCGAGCAUCACGACCACGCCGUUGUAUCGGGCAGACUCGCUGGCGAAAAUAUGACCGGCGCCUCCAAACCCUACGUUCAUCAGAGCAUGUUCUGGUCCGAUUUGGGGCCGGAUGUGGGCUAUGAAGCAAUCGGUAUUGUUGACAGUUCCUUGCCUACGGUUGGCGUAUUCGCCAAGGCCACCUUAGAAGAUAAUCCGCAAGCGGCGGUCACCGCCACCGGCGAGGCUGACAGAUCGAAAAUGGAAGAGGAACCGAAAAAUUGCAAUAAGCACUUAACUGAACGACAAGCGGCUGAACUUAGAGAAAACACGCCACGCAAACAGGACGGCGAAGACUUCGGAAAGGGUGUUAUUUUCUAUCUGCGAGACGAUGUCGUUGUCGGUAUAGUAUUAUGGAAUGUUUUCAAUAGGAUGGCCACCGCACGUCAGGUUUUGAAGGCACAAAACAAAUACGACGAUCUAAAUGAAGUUGCUAAGUUGUUUAAAAUUCAUGAAGAGUAAGAUUUCUAAGCAUUCCGUGGUAUUGAAUGAUAGGGUUAAGGUCAGAAUGUGUCUAGGAAGCAUCAAAGUAUUCGCUGUCGUUUUUCUACCUCGGCACUGACGGUGCACCAUUUUUACAUACCAUUUGCGAUGUUUUCAUUUCACAUAACCCAUUAAAGGGUGUCAUCGUAAUUGAGUGUUAGAAAUCAUUCUCAUUCUCAGUUUUUUUUAUUUCUGCGUUAAUUAUGUAAAUAUAUAAAUACAAAUUAAUUAUUAAUAAACAUUUUGUAUAG